GUUCUCCGUAAUCGAAACAUCAGUAGUUGAUUUACUUCUACGAUGGAGUACAGAGCAUUACGAAAGCUUGCAAUUGUGUUCGGGCUUGUUAUACAUGCACAGGCGGAAGAAUUUUUAGUCGGAACAACUCUCAAGCUGCCUUGCAACAUACCUGAGUCUUUCUCAGAGUUCACAUGGGAUAAAUCGGCAACGUUGAUAGCGGAAGUGAAGAAAGGCACUGCAUCGAUGGCGACGGAUCCAAGAGUAAGCGUCGACACAAAGGAGAAUCUCGGGGAAUUAUCCAUCCGGAACAUUGUUGAACACGAUGCCGGGGAGUAUUCUUGCACCGUGGAGUUUUCUAAUCGGCUGCCACAAACCACUACAUAUACAGUCUACAUUGUUGACUCAACAAGUAAACCACCGAGCACGACUACGAGUACGAGAGUGGCUCUAAGUUCAACAGUCUCGACAGACUCCACUUAUGACUCAACAAGAAAACCACCGAGCACGACUACAAGUACGAGAGUGGCUCAAAGUUCGACAGUCUCGACAGACUCAGGUACUCAAAGCACCAAUGUGUUAUAUACAUAUAUUCUAUUGACAAGUAAACCACCGAGCACGACUACGAGUACGAGAGUGGCUGUAAGUUCAACAGUCUCGACAGACUCGGGUACUCAAAGCACCAAUGAAAGAAUUUGUUGCUGCCCCUGCAACACUCUCCCAAAAGAUCUUGCAGAAGAAGUGGAAAAAAUGAAUUUAAAAAUUUUGGCAUACAACGAGUGGUUUAUAAGCUGGUGGGAAAAUCACAGAGACCGAAUAGGUUCGAAUCCCUGAACGAUCAAGCUCAGAUAAAAAUACGCGAUGAGAUGAUUACUACAAUCAAGAGAAAACAAAGAGGAAGACCCAGAAACGGAUCCAUUUAUGAAGCUCCAAAUAAUACUAUUUCAAUACGCUGGCUUGUAAAAUUCAUAUUGUAUUGUGUUUACAAUAAUUCAGAAAAUAUGGUUAUCAUCAUAAUUAUAUUUAUAAAGAUUGAAUGGCGAGAUGAAAAAGCAGAUAAAAUGCUGUGUAUAGUUUCCCAUGUAACUGUAAAUCGUAGCUCUGUCUCAAUGCGUUAUUGUUUUAUUUUUGAAUGUGUUCAGAAACGGGACAACUGACUCCAUCAUUCUCAUUUAAUAUGUAUAUACUGUAACUAUGUACGUGGUUUGUUCCUGGCUUAAAUGUAAAAAAAAAAAACAGACGGACAUUUUCGGUAGCAUACAAUAUCAUAUUGCUGUGUGUAUGUGAGAGAGAUAUAAAUAAAAUUAUAUGUAUAUAUUUAAAGUUGUUAUUUAGCUAUAAUUUCGUUUUGUUGGUUUCAUGUCAUUAUCAUGUUAUCAUUCGUCAUUGAAAUACUGUCCUUUACGUAUUUGUAUUUCAUUAUGUUGUAUAUUUUUAUCAAACUCAGAAUUUACGAAAUAUCAGACACGUGAUUAAGCAAUUGUGAGAAAAGUCGAUCUGAAAUAUGAAUAGCAUUGAAAAUAUCAAAUGUGAAUAUUCAAUAUAAUUAACACUUUCAUGUUAAUGAAAAUAAUUCUCAUUAGUUUAGAAAAUAAUGUUAAACAAAAUACUUGAUGUGAAAUGAAGUGCAUUAACUAUAGUAUGUAUAAAUGUUCAUAUCAAGUAAAUGUUGUUCAUUGUAUUUCAGCAAGUAAUGAAAAAAUGCAUCAACGUCCUAAUGUUUAAACUUUGUAUAUUUUACAUAUCAGAC